AUGUCGUAUAGUACAGUCAGAAAAAGUUAUUUAUAUUUUAUGAAAAUAACAAAGAAACACAUUGACAGGAGGAUGCCCAACCCCGAGAAAUCAGUACUUUUAGUGAGGCAGCAGGUUCUUCCGAUCAAAAUAAGGGAUCAGUUUGCACAAUUCCAUCUUGCAAUCGAAAGUACAUUUAAUUAGCUUUCGAUUGAUCCCUAUCUCAUUAUCGAAAUAACAUUAUUAAUAUAAAAAAAGUUAAAGUGUUUCUCGGGAAUCGGUCGAGAUUGAGCGAGAUUCGAGAAUUCCUCAUACAUUUUGUUCAACAAAAAGUGAUUUUUCUUCACUGAAAAUGAGGUUAAACCAUCCCCUUGCACAUUGAUGAUUCACUGUACUUUGCAACAUCUGCUACACUCAUUCGACGAGUUUUCUCCCCCUCAUGACAAAAACUUCAGCUUGGUGUGAAGUGUCAGUUUUUUUCCGUCUCGUGUUUUGAGUAUAAAAACAUAAUUCGCAAAAUAAACGUGAAAUUGUAAAUUUCUCUCUAAGAAAAAAGUUCCAAUCGCAAGAUAAAACAGAGAAUUGAAAAAAUGCGUGGUGGACGCGGAUUUUCACGUGGUGGCUUCUCACGCGGUGGAGGCUCCUCAUAUCGUGGGUCAAGUGGCUCCUCCUACCGUGGCGGCGGAAGCUCAAGCCGCGGUGGUUCGAGCAGUAGCAGCUACUCCGGUGGGAAGGGGCGCUACAACUAUGACAACUACAGCUCCUCAUCCCACGGGAAUCGCUACAACUCCGGCAAUCAGUACGGCAAUCGUGACCACUCCAGUGGGCCACCCUUCAAGAGACGCAACGAUCGAGAUUUUCGCUCUCCGGACAGGAAGCGCGUUCGCAAUGAUCACCAUCAGGGCAUGCCACCACCGAGACGCAGCCAUGAUUCGUACGGAAGUUCAGCUGAUCGCGGCUACAGUGGCGGUGGGUCGUAUGACAAAUCAAGCCACUACCGCGGUGGCAGCGGGAGUCGCAUGGGGCGCCACAGCCACCAUUCGCCACCACCGUCGCGUGGCACAUCGUUCCGCAGUCAGCGCAGCGAUAGCUUCAGCAGUGGCGGCCCCCAUAGGAGGCCCGAGGCCCCAAUGGGGCCACCGCCGUCGCGGACAAACCGCAUCCAGGGAUACCGCGGACGAUUGCCGCCAUCGAGUCGUGGAGGAGGUAUUUUGAGACGUGGCGGUGUCUCCAUCGCACGGAAGCGCAUUGAUAUGCGCAUGAAGGUCAGAUCAAGAGAGAUCCUGCAGCAGAAAUUGGCCCGAAUGAGGAGCACAAUCAGGAAGCGUCCGGCGCCCGCACGUACAACAUCCGAAUCGUCCAGUAAGAAGGAGAAUGAGGAGAAAAAGAUAAAAGCAGAAGAUGAGGAAUGGGAGAAGGCGUCAGCAAAGGAUGAGAGUACGGAUGCAAUUUCACCGGCAAAGGUGAAAUCCGAAGCAGGUGAUGGGGAAAAGGAAGCUGCUGAUGGGGCAGAUGCUGAAAAUGAGAGUACAGCUAGUGGACAGAAGGAGGAUAAGCCCAAAAGGCGAUCAAGUGAUGAUGAGAAUUUACCCAAAAGUCGCUUUACAGGGAAAUCUUUCAUAAAGCUCACUUGUAUUCAUUGCUGCUCCAAAUUUCUCACCUUUAAGGCUUAUAGCCGGCAUUUGUACGGGGGUGCCCACAAAGCAACUAUGUAUCGUCUUUCGCGUGACCUCAAGGAGAAGUUAGCAUCAAUGCGUCUAAAGCAGCGUGCUGAACAACGUGAAAUGGAGAAGGAUUUAACGGAAGAUGAAAUAAAUACGCGCCCACAUUUUUGUCUUCUGUGCCGUCUUAGCUAUCGGCAGGAGAAGAGUGUGCACCAAAAUUCAGAUGCACACAAAUCCAUGAGACGCUUCCUACUACCCUACUGUGGUACAUGUAAGCUCAGCUUUAAAUCUCCAAUUGCCUAUGAGACCCAUCGAUGCUCCUUAGAGCAUAUUAAGCGCAAGGCACGCGUGGAUGCGGCUAAGAAUGCCGAUAAUAGCGGAGAUGAGCUUGAUUUGGAGAACUUCAUGACAUUAGAUUCAGUUGGAAGUGUCGAUGGUGAGUGCUUCGACAAUGAUGAUCCUACUUUGGCGGAUGCCAAUGAAGAGGGUGCCAGUGAGGAGGUUGCAGCACCGAAGCGUGAAAUAAAUGUUGGGAGUGAGUACUUGAAGAAGGUGGAGACACUCUACUGCGAACUCUGCCGCAUCUACCUGUCGCAUCGUGAUGAUCAGGAGAAAGUGCUGAAGGAGCACUGUGGCGUACGGAGUCAUUUACGGGCAUUUUUGCGUCACAAGGAAGACAGGACACUGCGGAAGGAAGCCGAAAGGGUGCAUAGGAAGCAGCAUGAGGAGGAAGAUGAAGGAGAGGAAGGGAAGAAGAAGACAACUGAUGGUGAGGAGAAGGAGGAUGGGGUGGAAAAGGAUGAAGGAGCCGGGGAGGAUGAUGCAGAGUCCAGCAUAGGGAAUACACAGAGCCAGAAUGAGAUGUCAAAGGGCGAGGAAACGGAGGGUGAGGAGAAACUUUGGGCGGAUGUGGAUAAGGAUUUGGGUGAAUUGCUGAAUGAAGUGCAACCCGAAGGGGAGGAGGAGGAGAAUGACGAUGAGGAUGACGAAGACUCCAGACCGGACAAUGAGAGGUAUGACAGAUUCAGGAAUAGUGAAAAGAAUGCAGAGAAAGUACAACGUGAAGGGAAUGAUGAGAAAGACGGGGCAGCAAAAACAGAGAAUGGGGAUAUAAAGGAGAAUGGAACGGCUGAAGUGAAAGCAUAAUGAGACACCAUCUAACCGAAUCUUCAAUCCUCAAUUGACAUCCACCACAAUAUUUUACUCCUAUGUACUUCCAUGUUUCGAAAAUAAGAAAUGGAUGAAAAGCAAAAAAAAAACAAA